GAAGGGGAGAUUUCCGAGUGUCCGUGAAGAGGCUGUAUUUACGGCUGCACCAUCUCAGCUGAUCGAGGACCUUCCUCCGCGAGCAGCUCCGCAGCAUCAUGGACUUCAACGUGAAGAAACUGGCCUCGGACGCGGGAGUCUUCUUCACCAGGGCCGUGCAGUUCACGGAGGAGAAACUGGGUCAGGCUGAGAGAACCGAGCUGGAUCAACACCUCGAGAACCUCCUCACUCGAGCCGACGGAACCAAGAACUGGACCGAGAAGAUCCUGAGACAAACGGAGGUGCUGCUGCAGCCCAACCCAAUGGAUCACACAGGUUCUCGAAUCGAAGAGUUUAUCUACGACAAACUGGACAAGAAGCUUCCGUCCAGGACGACCAACGCCGAGCUGCUGGGACAAUACAUGCUGGACGCCGCACAGGAGUUUGGUCCAGAGACGCCGUACGGUAGCACCCUGAUCAUAGUCGGAGAGUACCAGAAGAAACUGGGAGGAGCCGAGCGUGACUUCCUCCAGACCUCAGCCGUCUCCUUCCUCACUCCUCUACGUAACUUCCUGGAAGGAGACUGGAGGACGAUUUCAAAAGAGAGGAAGCUUCUGGACAAUCGACGUCUGGAUCUCGACAUUUGCAAAGCUCGUCUGAAAAAAGCGAAGCUGGCAGAAGCUAAAGCUGCAGCUGCACCGGAUUUUCAGGAGACGAGGCCUCGAAACUACGUCCUUUCUGCCAGUGCGUCAGCGCUGCAGAGCGGCUGGGAGAGCUGGGACGUGGCCACGGAUCCGGCUGCAUGCGAGCAGAGGAAGCUGCUGAGCGAGGAGGUGGAUAAAGCAGAGCACGAGCUGCGCGUCGCUCAGACCGAGUUCGACCGACAGGCUGAAGUCACUCGACUGCUGCUGGAAGGAAUCAGCAGCACACAUCUCAACCACCAGAGAUGUUUGCAGGAUUUUGCGGAGGCUCAGGCGACGUACUACGCUCAGUGUCACCACCACAUGCAGGAGCUGCAGCGGGAGCUCCACAGUUGUACCAGUGCUCCCAGUGCCCCCCAUUCCUCCGCUUUCCUGUCUGGACCACCGUCUCCGGGGGCAACGGUGUUGUCCGGCCAGAAAGUGGUUGGCACGCUGGCGGUGGAACAGAGUCAGUUCCCCGUCACAGGAACCAGAAAGGCCAAGGUCCUCUAUGACUACGACGCCCAUGGUGUCAGCGAGCUGUCCCUCCUGGCUGACGAGAUCAUUACCGUUCACACCGUACCAGGAAUGGACCCUGAUUGGUUGAUUGGAGAACGGGGCAACGAGAAGGGCAAAGUUCCCGUCACCUACCUCGAACUGCUGAGCUAAUGGACCCACACACACACACACACACACACACACACACACACACACACACACACACACACACACACACACACACACACACACACACACACACACACACACACACACACACACACACACCUGUCAGAGGAGUUUCCAUAAACUGGUGGAUGAUUGAAGUUGCAUCAGGUGCGUCUCUGUCUGAUUGGUUGUUUCCUCUCAUCACUCAUGUUUACUCGGAGGCUGACGUUGCCACGGCUACAGCUACACUCUCAUGUUGUUAGCGCUGCAGUUUGGAUGAUUCUUCCUUAAACCUGAAUCUUCCGAAUCUCACGGAUUUGGUUCAAGAUAAAUCAUAUUCAAUGAGACCCUCCUGGUUUAGUAAAGAUUUUCUGUUUUGAAACAUAUCUAAACCACUGUUACAUCUUUAAAAUCAUCAAUCUUCUCUUUACGUCUCAUUCUACAGUUUCUGUUUCUGAGAGGUGACAGUUAAUAGAACAUGUUCCAUAAAUAAGUCAAAUAUGGAAAAUUACUCUGUGCGAGUCUCAAACUGGUACUCCAGAAACUGGCCAGUAGGAGGUGCUGCAGCGCACUCAGCACACCUGUGUACUUCGGGUGUUGGUAAAUCGUACAUUUUGUUAUAAGUCUCAAAGCUUCCGUGAGGCGUUCAGGGUCUUUGUCUUGUUGUCUGGUUCGUCUUUCCCGUGAACCCUGAUGAUGCUGAACUCACCAAAGUGAAAGUUGAGAUCCAGGUAGACGCUGACGUGGCUCAAACGUCUGCAGGGCGAAAAACACGAUCAGUCACAAACUUAGAAUGAUCAGUGUGUGGUAACUCUGCUGUCACACGUAAAUCACCUUAUCAUACAUCACCACGCUAGCUGCUCUGAGUGAGUCACAGCUGGACCUGACUCCACAUGUGAGUUUACACCAGGGACAUCAGAGAAAUGACUCAUCACCUGUGAGAAAGGUGCUUUAGUUCGGUUUGAUCCUAAAUUUUAAACUAACUUCCGAUGAUGUAAAGUCUUUAUUUUGUUCACUGAGUUAGAGCCGAGUGUAAUGUUGUCAAAGGGAAAUGACCCAUACAAAGUGAGAGUUCACGGUAGAACUCUCACUUUGUAUCGAACAUGACUUCAGUUAUAUUCAAACUGGGACGACGUUAAACCAAUAGUAAGACACAGUGAGUCAGGAAUGUUACGUAGUUUUCCUGAGUGAACGAUCAGUGUUUCAGGUUCUACAUCGUGGUAACAAACCAAGAGAGGGAUUCCUCUUUACUUUGUACGAUAUAACCUCCUCAUUCAAAUACAUUGGACUUAAUUACGAGUAAUUUCAAAUUUGUUGGACCUUGAAUUUACGGUCAUAGCUAGCAAAGAUGUUCCUGGUUCCCAGAGGAUGAUACAGAUGUUUUUGGGCCUCACUGACUUUUACUCGAUGGUCACGGUCUGGCCACAACCUACUGUCAGAAUUUAAUUUAAUGAGUAAACUAAUAAUUUCCUCUAGCGCCCCCCUCAGGCUACCUUUUAAUUUCCAACGUGUGUACUGAACUGAGGCUCAUGAGUGGGUUGAGUAGCUGUGAAAGUUCGUAGCAGCAGUGGAAGUUUAAGCUGACUGGAGAACAUAUUUAUUUACUGUGUGUGUACAUAAAUUCAGGAUUUCAGUUAUUUAGAGAGCUGUGUUUUGGGUUAUUUUCAUAUUUAGAGUUGAGUGUGUUGUUGCAAUAAAUGAGUGAACAUUCAUCACAUCUGUGUUUUCCUCUGAAUGAUGGGCACUGGUUUGAUGUACAAUAAACAUGCAUGUGUGUAACAGUAA